GGCACAUUUCUACUCAGAGUUUUCGUGUGACCUCUAUUGCAGUUGAAAAUACUUGGGAGCGGAGGCUUAAUUCAUUGAUUUUGUUCGGCAAUGUUCCUUAUUCGUGUACGGAUGUGGUGACAGGAUCAACAGGAAUCCUGCUUCAUUUUAGUGCACGGCAAUCGCUAGAAGGUCUUAUGUGCUCCUCGCCGCUCACUCUCCAAGGCAGGGUGCUCUGUGUUGCUGGGGUAGUCCGUUGUUGCACUGCAUCAACAUGGGUGUGAUCGGUGUGCAGCUGGUUGUUACUAUGGUAAUGGCCAGCGUAAUUCAGAAAAUUAUACCUCAUUAUUCCUUUGCAAGAUGGCUACUCUGCAGCGGCAGUUUGCGGUGGUAUCAGCACCCAACAGAGGAUGAGUUGAGGAAUCUGGCAGGGAAACAAAAAGGGCCGAAGAGGAAAGACAGGAAAUACAAUGGUCACAUAGAGAGUAAACCAUUAACAAUUCCAAAGGACAUAGACCUGCAGCUGGAGACAAAAAGCAUCACAGAAGUCGACACUUUAGCAUUACACUACUUCCCAGAGUUCCAGUGGCUGGUUGAUUUCACAGUGGCAGCAACUGCAGUCUAUCUGAUAACAGAGCUUUACUACUGUGCAGUUCAGCCCUCAAGAGAGAUGAACAUCAGUGUGGUCUGGUGCCUACUUGUACUUGCCUUUGUCAUUAAGACACUUUUCUCCAUAACGGCUCACUAUUUCAAGCUGGAGGAAGGAGGCGAGCGCUCCCUCUGCAUCACGUUUGCUUUCUUCUUUUUUGUCAAAGCCAUGGCCAUUCUCAUCGUCACUGAAAACUAUUUAGAGUUUGGUCUGGAGGCAGGUUUUGCUAAUUUUUCUGACAGCGCUCAACAGUUUCUUGAUCAUCAAGGUCUAGAGUCACAAGGUCCGAUAUCUAAAUUCUCCUUCAAGCUGAUACUGGCUCUGCUGUGUUCUUUGAUUGGAGCGUUUUUAACGUUUCCCGGGCUGCGACUGGCGCAGAUGCACCUAGAUGCUCUUAAUCUAACUACAGACAAAUUAAUACAAACUCUGCUUCAUAUCAACUUCUUGUCCCCCCUCAUCAUGGUCCUGCUGUGGGUGAAGCCCAUCACCAAGGAUUACAUAAUGAACCCCACUCUAGCAAAGGAGAGUGUGCCUUUGAUGACCGAACAGGCGUACGACACUUUGCGGUUGUGGAUCAUCAUACUGAUGUGUAUACUCAGGCUUGCCAUGAUGAGAUGUCAUCUGCAGGCCUACCUCAACCUGGCCCAAAAGAGCGUGGACCAGAUGAAGAAAGAAGCAGGGCGGAUAAGUACUGUAGAUUUGCAGAAGAUGGUUGCUCGGGUGUUUUACUACCUAUGUGUGAUCGCACUGCAGUAUGUGGCGCCGCUGGUCAUGCUGCUGCAUACAACUUUCCUGUUAAAAACCUUAGGUGGUCAUUCCUGGUGGGUGUAUACCGAAGAGGACAUGCCUUGCACCUACGAGGUGAACUCAGACUCUGUGGGGGAGUUAGACCAAACCGCUGCUCCAAAACCAGCUUCAGUGGUAGAGACAGGAGCACGCGCAUCCGUAGCUCAUUUCUCAGUGGCUCUUGGGGGCCUGCAGACUGUUUUUAGUCCCCUUCUGUUCCGGGGGCUUUUCUCCUUCUUCACUUGGUGGAUUGCCGCCUGCCUGUUCUCCACCUCUCUGUUUGGCCUCUUCUACCACCAGUAUCUCAUGGCAGCAUAGCAUCAACAGUCCAGCAGGGGCAUCUAAACCACCACAGUGCUACCAUACUCAGGCUAGAUGGGGAGAACUGUGUGUGGAGGGGAAGGGCACUGAUAACUCUGCUGUACAGCCCUUCUCUGCCCUCCUCCGUGGUGGACGACCUCCCAGUGACUGAACUUAUCAGAGCUCCUGGUUUUAUUUCCAGUGCUUCCUCUACAGACGACUGUGAACUCCUGUUUGUGUUUUACUACCAUGCCCUUUCAUUUGGGUAAAAAAGCUCUAGAUCUUAAUAAGAAACUUUAUCAUAAGAGGAGGGUUUAUUUCUUACUCUUUAAAAUUGUAAAAAAAAAAAAAAGAAAGUUCAUUUAAGUUUUUUUAUUGGGGGGGGGGGUCAUUUGAACAAUCCCAUGUAGUGAAUCAAUUUCUUAAACUCUGUUGUUUAUCUGUUUUGCUGUUUUUACAUGGCAGGUAAAAAAAAAAACAGAUUUUAGACCAAUACCUGUUCAUUUUGAUUUCUAUUCUUGGUUAAUUUUUUAGUCAUUUGUAAUUCUUGUUUUAGCUUUUUUAGACUCCUAAAGCAUGAACACAUGCAGCUGAGCUCCUUGAAUUUAGGUGUCUAACUAACUACCUUGUAUUCCAAGUCUUAUUAUUGCACUUCUUAAUGAGUGUUACUGUUCCACAGUGAUGCUUUGUAAAGAUGCCACCCUCACAUUAGAAAAUGUCUCAAACGCAUCCAACAUGACUUUGUCAUCAUAUAUUCAAAUUUAGAAGGUUUACUUUUUUUUAAGGAAACUGGUAACUGCCAUACUUGAUGGGCCUUGUGUUUGUCUCUUAUAAAGGUGAUUUCUUUAUUCAACAAAAGUUUUCUUCGGUCUUUUACUAUAUUUUCAAACAGAACAGUGAGCUGCUGUUUCAUAGUAGGAGGAGGAGGAGGAGGAGGGAGAAGCUGCACAGCUGCUGGGAAAGUGCAAAAGGAGAUGCAGUUUGCACGGGGAGGGCAUCUCAUUGACCGAAAUCUGAUUUCAAUCUAGUCUAACUUAACAAAAUGUGCAUUUUUGAAAUGACAAGCGUUCCAGUAGAAUCGUAAUGUUUUUAAUCAACAUGUUCUGGACUGUUUUUAGCAGCCACUUGAGCGUUCCACACUGUUUUUUUUUAAGCGGCAAAGGUUACUCGAAGGGAAGGCAGCGGCGAGGCUGUAAUCUGAAAGGGCAUUGGGAUCAAAAGCCGGCCAUGUCAGCUGUUGAUGAUGAAAUACAACUUUUAUGUUCUGCAACCUUGUUUAUUUUUUUCUUUCCAUGUUGGUUUUUGUCUGUAUGGGAGAAUUGCUGACUUGCAAAAUUGUGCCAAGUAAGCCCCCCGCCCCCUUCACUCCCCCUGAUUGUGGUUGCUGUAUGUUUUAUACUCACUUGUGUUUAAAAAAAACUGUACCACAACUUUGCUGCUUUUAGUCUAAUCCUGGUACAGAGAAAAUCUGAUUUCUUUUUUUAAAAUGUUAUCAAAACUCGUUACAUCGUAUUUUUUUUGUGUCUUAAUAUACGCACAAAUUGUCGUGAUAAGGAUUGCUGGCAAACACGAUUGUCCAGUCGUAUCAGGAAUGUAGGGGUUAUGGUGCCAGGUAUUAACAGCCGGUGCGUUCCUGGCCUGACAUUUCAGCAGGAUGAUCAUCAUCUUAACAUAAAUGAAAUAUAUGAAAAUAAUUGCUUUUUUCUAUUUUUGUGUACACAACAAAGUCCAGCAUCAUCAUAUCAACACUUCAGCUCCUGAUGUCAGAAGUCUUAGCUUUAGUUUGAUUGCACAUAAUGAAUGUAUCCAUCCUGCCUAAAUUUUAGAAAAUCCUUUUUGGUUGAUUUAACACCUUUUUAUCUGCGGUUAAAACUAUUUUUUAAUCUUUCUAAUCUCAAUUUCACAAAAAAGUAUUCAAAUUUGAUGAUUUCCUUUAUAAAUUGAUUUAAUUGCUUUUAAUAUGUAUUCAUUGUUUGGAGUCCUGUAAACAUUUCUAAUUUGAAGGUACCCGUUUGUGUUGUUGUCGGUGUGCAAGAUGGCAGAAAAUCAGUUUUGUUUGACAAAUCAAUUGCAAGCUAACCUUUGUUCGAUGAAGUGCUUUGGAGAUGUAAACUGGAUAGCUAAAACUUUCAGUUUCAUUGACCUAUUGGGGCAUAAAGAUUUUAGUUUGUUUCCAUUGAAAGUGUUUCAUAUUCACUGUUUGGUGUGAAAAGUGAAUGAUACACCUCAUUGUUCUUUAAUGUAUUUAUUUCUGCUUUCAAUUUUGUCCUAAAUAAAUUAUGAUACUUUGUUCAA